UUUCUUUCUUACUCAGAUAACUUGAAAACAGAUGCAGCCCUUGAUCCUGAUGGGCUAGUAGCAAUUGCUAUUUGCCAUGGUUUUGUUCUCUUUGUUGCUGUUGCCAUCGGUGCCAACAUCUCCGGUGGGCAUGUCAACCCUGCAGUCACAUUUGGGUUGGCUCUUGGUGGUCAGAUCACCAUCCUCACUGGCAUCUUUUACUGGAUUGCCCAACUUCUUGGAUCCAUUGUUGCUUGCUUCCUGCUCAAGGCUGUCACUGGAGGCUUGACAAUUCCCACCCACAGUGUUGCAGCUGGAGUUGGAGCUGUUCAAGUAGUGAUGGAGAUUAUCAUCACAUUUGCUUUGGUUUACACCGUCUAUGCAAGCGCAGCUGACCCCAAGAAGGGUUCACUUGGCACCAUUACCCCCAUUGCCAUUGGUGUCGUUGUUGGAGCCAACAUCUUCGCUGCUGGCCCAUUCUGGCGGAUCCAUGAACGCAGCCCGCCCACUGUCUCUAGCGGUGACUUCCACGACAACUGGAUCUACUGGGUUGCGCCUCUCAUUGGUGGUGGCCUGGCUGGACUUAUCUAUGGAAAUGUGUUCGUGCACUCUGAACAUGCACCGUUAUCCAGUGACUUCUAACUUUUAAGCCAGUUCAAUUGUUCUGCUCCUUUAAUCCGUUUGGCCAUUGUAAUCAAAGAAGGAAUAACAAUUUUUUGCUCUUCU